UUAUAUGGCAGAAUGUGUAUUAGCCAUUGAAGCAAUUCAUAAAUUAGGGUUUAUUCAUCGUGAUAUCAAACCAGAUAAUAUUUUAAUUGAUAUUAGAGGACAUAUUAAAUUAUCAGAUUUUGGAUUAUCAACUGGAUUUCAUAAAACUCAUGAUUCUAAUUAUUAUAAGAAAUUAUUAGAAAAAGAACAGCAGCAACAGCAACAGCAAAAUUUAGGAGUUCCAGGAGGAAAUGGUAAUGGAACCAUGAAAAGUGGACGUAAUUCAAUGAUGGUGGAUGCAAUCAAUUUAACCAUGUCGAAUCGUCAACAAAUACAAACUUGGAGGAAAAGUAGAAGAUUAAUGGCAUAUUCCACGGUUGGUACUCCCGACUAUAUUGCUCCAGAAAUCUUCAUUCAUCAAGGCUAUGGUCAAGAAUGUGACUGGUGGUCAUUGGGUGCAAUUAUGUUUGAAUGUUUAAUUGGUUGGCCUCCAUUUUGCAGUGAGACCCCUCAUGAAACUUACAGAAAGAUUUUAAACUGGCAAGAAACUUUGAUCAUUCCAGAAGAUAUCCAUUUAUCUCCCGAGGCCGAAGAUUUAAUUAGAAGAUUAUUAAGCAACGCCGAGGACAGAUUAGGUAGAUAUGGCGGUGCUGAAGAAAUCAAAAAUCAUCCUUUCUUCAGGGGCGUUGAUUGGGAAACCAUUCGGAAAGUUGAUGCUCCCUUCAUUCCUAAAUUAAGAUCAAUUACGGAUACUAGAUUCUUCCCAACUGAUGAAUUAGAAAAUGUUCCCGAUAGCCCUGCAUUAAGUAAGGCACAGGAACAACGAGAACAAGGUAAAGCGGGUAAUGGUAACAUUAAAGAAGACUUGCCAUUUAUCGGCUAUACCUAUUCUAGAUUCGAUUAUUUAACCAGAAAAAAUGCAUUAUGAUCUAUUAAUAACGAGAAGCGUUACACUUCCAUAAACGAAAAAGCAUUGGAGCUCUAAAUAAAUUAACCGAUGAAAAAACUGUCUAAUUAUAGUUGAUGAAACAAGCAUAAGAGGUCUAAACAAAGAAAAUGAUGGAAAACCAA